ACAAAACCAACGGUGAAGGAAUCUGCUUGCGUCAUCAUUGAUGUCACCUCCACGUGGACCUUGCCAAUCUCUCUCUCUCCCCCGUUACUCUUUCACCACGUUCUGAUUCUUUAUUAUCCAAGCUGUGCGAGCGAGAGUGAGGAGAGAGACACAGAGAGAGGAGAGAGGAGAGAGAGAGAUGAUCGAAGAUGAGGAAGAAAUCUCUGCUCCACUCCCUCAAACAAUUCUACUCCAAAAUGUGCAGUUCGGCACCGGCCGCCGCCGCCGCCGCCGGAGGAAAACUCGCCGGUCGAGCAAGUGGCCAUGACCGUCCCGCCGACCGACGACCCGACCCUGCCCGUGGUCACCUUCCGGAUGUGGACCCUUGGCGCGGCGGCCUGCGUCCUCCUCUCCUUCCUCAACCAGUUCUUCUGGUAUCGCCGCGAGCCCCUCUCGAUAACCGCAAUCUCCGCCCAGAUCGCCGUCGUGCCCCUCGGCCACCUGAUGGCGGCCGCCCUCACGCGGCGGGUGUUCUUCGAGGGCCGGAGGUGGGAGUUCUGCCUCAACCCGGGCCGGUUCAACGUGAAGGAGCACGUGCUGAUCACGAUCUUCGCCAACUCGGGGGCGGCGAACCCUUACUCGAUCCAUAUUGUCAGCGCGGUGAAGAUAUUCUACAAGCAGAGGUUGACUUUCUGGGUGGCGUUGGGGGUGGUUCUCACCACUCAGAUAUUGGGCUUCGGUUGGGCCGGGCUUUUCCGGAGGUACCUUGUCGAGCCCGCCGCCAUGUGGUGGCCACAAAACCUCGUUCAGGUGUCUCUCUUCAGGGCGCUUCACGAGAAAGAAGUAAGAGCAAAGGGUGGAGUGACACGAAAUCAGUUCUUCCUAAUCGCCUUUCUUUGCAGCUUCACUUACUACGUAUUUCCAGGCUACCUAUUCCCGAAGCUCACUUCAAUUUCAUGGCUCUGCUGGAUAUUUUCUUCUUCGGUCCUAGUCCACCAGCUCGGUUCGGGGCUCCAUGGUUUAGGAGUUGGUGCUAUUGGUCUUGAUUGGUCAAGCAUAUCCUCUUACCUCGGUAGCCCGUUAGCUAGCCCGUGGUUUGCUACUGCUAACAUUGCUGUCGGAUAUUUUGUUUGCGUGUACGUAAUUGCACCUACAAUGUACUGGCUCAAUGUGUACGAAGCCAAGACCUUCCCCAUAUUUUCCGAUGACCUGUUUACGUCAAACGGGCAGAAAUAUAACAUCUCGGCGAUUAUAGAUUCGAACUUCCACAUCGAUUUGGACGCGUACGAUCGCGAAGGGCGUCUCUACCUCAGCACGUUCUUUGCUAUGACGUAUGCUUUUAGCUUCGCUUGUCUCACUGCCACCAUUGUUCAUGUCCUCCUUUUUCAUGGAAGGGACCUGUGGAUGCUGAGCAAGUCAGCCUUCAAGGAGAAGAAGAUGGAUAUACACACUAAGCUUAUGCAAAAUUACAAUCAAGUCCCUGAAUGGUGGUUCCUAUGCAUUCUUAUGAUAAAUAUAGCCGGCACCCUCCUUAUCUGUCACUUUCAAAACGACCAACUCCAGUUGCCGUGGUGGGGUGUCUUAUUAGCUUGUGCUCUCGCCUUCGUUUUCACUCUUCCCGUUGGAGUCAUCGCUGCCACUACAAACCAAACACCGGGCCUGAACGUGAUCACAGAGUACAUAAUCGGGUACUUGUAUCCGGGAUAUCCAGUUGCUAACAUGUGCUUCAAAGUAUACGGCUACAUCAGUAUGAAACAAGCGCUCAUAUUUCUCCAAGACCUCAAACUCGGACACUACAUGAAAAUUCCCCCGAGAGCAAUGUUCAUGGCCCAGGUGGUCGGCACUCUAAUAUCAUCACUGGUACACCUCGGAACUGCUUGGUGGCUAAUGGACACAGUACCCAACAUAUGUGACAGGUCAGUGCUGCCCUCGGGCAGCCCAUGGACCUGCCCGGGCGACCAUGUAUUCUACGACGCCUCUGUUAUAUGGGGUUUGAUCGGGCCCGAAAGAAUAUUCGGAGACCUCGGUUACUACUCCGCCAUAAAUUGGUCUUUUCUGCUGGGGGCGGUGGCCCCCGUUCUCGUUUGGGUCGCGCACAAGGCGUUCCCAAACCAGCAGUGGAUUAGGCUGAUUACGGUCCCCGUGCUUUUGGUGUCGAUAAUAAACAUGCCACCGGCAACUACGGUGAACUACAAUAGCUGGAUAAUCAUAGGUUUUUUGUCGGGUUACGUUGCGUAUAGAUACUAUCGGGAUUGGUGGAGCAGGCACAAUUAUGUGUUGUCGGGUGCGCUUGAUGCUGGAUUGGCAUUCAUGGGAGUGCUGCUAUAUCUGUGCUUGGAUAUGGCGCAUAUUAGCCUUGAUUGGUGGGGGAGUGUUAGUGAUGGUUGCCCUUUGGCUACUUGCCCUACUGCUAAGGGUAUUGUUGUCAAAGGGUGCCCUAUUUUUUGACUUGUUUUUAAGUAAAUAUUGUUUGUUGAUGUUUGAAUGUAUUGUAUUUGUAAAAUAUGAUAUUGGUUUUUGAUAAUUAGAAAAGUGUAUGUGCUUUGUGAUGCUCUCA